ACCAAGUUCGAUAUAUUUCUUGUGUUGAUAACACCUCAACAAUAGAUAAAGUCGUGUCCGGGGAUACAACGUUCCUGCAUUUUAUUUGUUUAAGAGUUUUGUUUUAAUUUUUGUAAACAUGUCUAAUGUGCCUCCACCAGGCGGUCCGCCGCCGUACGCCGGUUACCCGCCGCCCCCUGCGCCGGGCGCUUUCACCUACAUGCCCGCGCCGGUCAUGAUGCCCGUGUACCCCCCGCCAGCCCAGCCCUAUCCCCCCACCUACGUCACCAACCACAUCUAUCAGCCGCCACAGCAGCCACCAGAACCUGUCACCAUCAUCGACAAUUCAGGUCCAGUCAUUGACUGGGUGCCGUCAACCCCGAUGACCGCCAGUUCGCUAGCCGAUCGCGCGGUGGUUGGCGGGCGGGAGGGGUGGGACAGCAGUCCCCUGUGGGUCAUCCGCGCCCACCACAACGGCGACUGUGUGCCCGGCAAGCUUGCCGUGCAGCAUCGUUCCGCUUACAUACCACACGCUGGCAAAGAAGUCCCCGUACACAACUUUGAGGUUCUGUGCGCGCCAGCUCACGCAGUACGCUGGGUGCCGGCUAACAAUGGUCAGGUGCCACCCGGGGCGAUCGCAGCAGGCAACACGCACAAAGCAGAGCCGUUGUACGUCGGCAGGGUGACGCACAUGCGCUCUCUUACACCGGGAAAGAUCCAUCCAAGCCAUGGCUGUUGUUACAUUUCGUUCAGCGGCGGCGAGGUUCCAUACAAACAAUACGAAGUACUCUGCAGCGUCGUUGGUUAAAUGCACUGAUCCAUGUUUUUUUACUGUGUACUCCAUAUUACGAUGAUUGCUUAACUAUUUUUAUUGUUCGCACACAAUAUUAUAAAAGUUGAAAUUGUGAUCUAUUUUUGUAAC